AUGGCCAAUGUUGGAGCUGCGUAUUCAUUGUUUGCUGCCUCCUUCAGUCCUGAUUUGACGAAUGUCGACGGAUUUCUUUCAACUUUGCUUCAAAUCAUUGUCUCGCCUGAAUCUGAUGCUACUGUCAGACAAGCUGCUGCAAUCUACUUCAAGAAUCAAAUCAAUGGAAGAUGGGGGAGAGAUGCGUCUGAAGGGCAACUUAUCGGUCCCCACGACACGAUCGUCGUAAAGCAAAACAUGUUGCAGUCAAUCGUGCAUGCUCCUCAUAUCAUUAGACUGCAAUUGUCCACUUGCUUGGCCAGCAUGCUCGGCGUAGACUAUCCCGAAAAAUGGCCAGAGUAUCUACCAAACGUAGACACCUUGCUCAGGUCAAAUGUCAGAGAAACGAUACUUGGAGGUCUCAUUUGCUUGCAGGAGCUCGUCAAAGUCUACCAGUGGAAGACUAUAGAAAAGAGAGGACCAUUGAGCAAAAUCAUCAAAACUACCUUCCCAACUUUAUUAGCAAUCGCCAAUCCUCUAGUAGCUCAAGAUACCACUGAGGCUGCUGAGAUGCUGAAAAUCAUAUUGAAAAUAUACUCAAUGGCCAUACAGCAUGCACUUCCAAAGCCACUACAAGAAGUCACAUCUCUCGUCCAAUGGGCUACCUUGUUUGUAAAUACCAUCAAAAAGGACUUGUCAACCAUACAGAUGCCUGCUGACGUAGAAGUUAGAGAAAAACAUGCAUGGUGGAAGGCAAAGAAAUGGGCUUAUCAGUGCUUAUAUCGUCUCUUGUCAAAACAUGGAAAUCCAAACACACCAGCUCCAGGCGGUGACAAGAAUGAAAAAGCUCAUGCGGCAUUCGCGAAAAUGUUUAUGGAAAACUUUGCUCCCGAAAUCGUACGAGCAUACCUGCAACAGUUGCAAUUGUGUAUAUCAGGUGUUUGGAUGACGAAUCGCGCAAAGCAGUUGAUUGCGCUCUUCUUUUGUGAAUGUGUCAAGCACAAGACAACAUGGCAGUUGAUGAAGGGUUCUUUGGAGCCAUUGGUUAUAUCAUUCAUCUUUCCCUUAUUGUGUUUCUCGGAUGAAGACAAGGAGACUUGGGAGAAUGAUCCUGUAGAGUAUAUUCAUAAGAAAGUUGACCCAAUGGAAGAAUUCAGAUCACCCGUAGUCACUGCCGAACACUUGCUAUUUACCAUCGUCAAGGACCGAUUCAAACAAACCUUCUUGCCCGUCAUGGCAUUUGUCAACAACAUUCUUGUACAAUAUAAUGCUCAACCACCGAACGCCAGAGAUCCUAGGAUGAAGGAUGGUGCCUUGUCAAUGGUUGCUAGGCUUGCGGAUCAGAUUUUGAGCAAGAAAUCAUCACUGAGAGGCCAAAUGGAAGAGUUCUUAGUGCGAGAAGUUUAUCCAGAGUUUAGGAGUCCAGUACCAUUCAUGAGGUCAAGGGCUUGUGACGUAAUUCGAGUGUUUAGUGAUUUAGAGUUCCAAAAUGAAGAGAAUCUUCAUACUGCCUUCCAACACAUACUGAACUGUUUGCAAGAUACUGAACUCCCCGUUCGUGUGGAAGCAGCAUUAUGUCUCAACUCGUUUUUCCGUCAUGACUCAAUACAAGAAGCAAUGAAACCUCAUGCUCAGAAUAUUAUGCAAGUCUUGCUCAACUUGACCAAUGAAAUCGACAUGGACACACUUACAGAAGUUAUGGAGCAACUUGUACAAGAGUUUGCCACAGAACUCACACCAUUUGCUGUUCAACUUACCACUCAGUUGCGUGAUACCUUCCUGAGAAUCAUUGGUGAAGUAUACAACAAUGCCGAUGAACCAGAAAUGGAUGAGAGUGAUGUGGAUAAGACGAUGGCUGCUAUGGGUGUGUUGAAGACCAUGAGCUCGUUAGUGCUAGCUGUUGAAUCAUCACCUGAGAUCAUGAACGAACUCGAACUGACAUGUAUUCCGGUCGUUCAAUACGUUUUGGAAAAGAAUGUCAUCGACUUGUAUGAGGAAGCUUUUGAAAUCAUUGACACAUGUACAUUCUGCUCCAAGAGGAUAUCACCUGCCAUGUGGAAUGUUUUUGGGUUGAUUUACAAGGCAUUCAAAGAGGAUGCUUGUGAUCAUAUAGAAGAAAUGCUACCAUCACUUGAGAACUUUUUGUGUUAUGGCAGUCUGGUAAUUGCUGAAACGCCCCAGUAUUUGACUAUGAUGUACGAUAUUGCCGAGACUUCUGUUCACUCUGAAUCUCCAUCAGAUCGUAUAAGAGGAUGCCAAUUGAUUGAAUCCAUGAUGCUCAAUCUUAGAGGUGUUUUAGAUCAAUACAUUCCAAAAUUCAUGGGCAUUGCCAUUCAAUUCUUGAGGAAUCCCGAAGAGCUGGAUUCUAUGGCUUUAAGGGUGCAUAUUGUUGAGAUUGUCCUGAAUUGCACAUACUACAACCUUCAAAUAACUCUCCAAUGUCUUGAACGUGAAAACUAUACCGUUAACUUCUUCACGUUCUGGUUUGCUCAUUUGGAUGAUUUCAUGAGGGUUCAAGACAAAAAACUCUGUAUACUCGCAUUAUGUACGAUCCUUCAAGCUGAUCCAAACCUCAUCCCUGGACCGUUGCAAACAAGUGUAUCUCAACUUGUGUAUGGAAUUGUGAAGGUGUUUGAGUCGUAUCCUGAAGCUCUCAAACGUCGUAAAGAUCUUGAAAGGCAAUACGAGGGAGAUGACGACGACGAUGAAGAAAUAGACGAUGAGGAGGAAGGUGAAGGGACUGGUAAUACGUCGACUGAUUUGAGUUCUCAUCCUGAAGCUGAUGAUGAUGACGUUCAUAAUGAGGAUGAUGAGUACCUAGAAUACCUCGCUGCUCAAGCACGAGGAUACCGAGACGGCGACGAAGACAGUAUAGAAGACGAAAUGGAAGAAGACGUCUAUUACUUUUCACCACUCGAUACCGUCGACCCUUACACGCAAUUCCAUUCCUGGGUCACUACAUCACCAAACGCCAUGCAGCUCUUGUCAUCACUACCUGGAGACUUGCAAGCCAAAGUGCAAAAGAUUUUGCAUACUGCUCAAGAAGAGAUGCAGAAACGGGCGAAUGAGGAAGCUGCUAAAGCGCAGGCUGAGCAGGCAGCGCGACAACAGUUGCAGCAAGGUGGUGGUGGUGGUGUUGCUAAUGGGCAUGCGAGAUAG